UCGACGUCGUUGCUAGUGUGUCGUUGCUCGCUCUCUCACUCUUCUGCAGAUUGCAGAUUCCAAAUUUAUAAUUGUGUUUACAGUGCGACGAAAAUAUUCGUGACGUUUGGAACGAGAGAUAAUGAACGAAAUCGCGAGACGGAUGUCGGAUUAUAUCGCGGAUACGCUAUUAUGCGUCCGUCUCGCUAUCACGCUACAUUAGCACCUUUCGUCAUCAUUAAUCAUGGUCCUGCGUGAUCGCGAUCUACCAGGACACGAGCAACAUGCCGAGCGACAAUUAUUCGCGAAAGACGCGUGCACGUGUCGCGGUGAUAGUGAUUAUGACAUUGCUUCUGCUGAAUAUCAAGUGCAUAGUUGCAGAUACCGCCAAGAGCUUGCACCAAUGCACAUUAGAAGGCCUUCACCCCUUCCUUAUCGUUACUCAUAAAGAGUUCACUAUAUCUGCAGACAAGAUUACCGUAUCUCACAACGAACGAAUCACGGUGAGAUGUCGAGAAUUAGGUAAAUACAAACUCAUCGGCGAUCAUUUAUUACAUUGCCGCAAUGGUACAUGGACCGGAAAGACACCUUAUUGCGUGCCUACCACGGCCAUUUCUAAUUACAGUGAAAAUGUACCACCGACCAUCGUUUUCGGUCUACCAGCCGGUUCGGCCGCCGUAGAUCCAAUUGGUGCACUUGCUAUCUUCCCAGGAAGUAUUUUGCACUUGGAAUGCCUCUUUUCGAGAAAAUUAGGCAAUCCUGAAUGGACAUGGACCUCAACUUUUCGCCGAUAUCUGACAGGAUGGGCAAUCGCUGCACGGGAAAGAAACUGGAAGUAUCGCCUCUCGAUAUACUAUGCUAAACAUCAUGAUUCCGGGGUUUACACGUGCUCCACGCCCAAAGGAUUAUCCAAUUCUAUACAAGUUCGUGUCAUAGAUGUUCAGUGUUCGGUAUUGGCCGUCCCUGAACCACCGUUGAUCAGUCGCAUCGGGGGUAACCGAAUAGGAGACAAUGCAAUUUUCGAGUGUCCAAUGGGUUACAGAUUAGAGGGUGCUUCCGGUAUUACGUGUCAAUACAACGGCAAAUGGUCAACGAAUGUGCCACAUUGCGAAGAAAUCGAGUGUCCAGCGAUAAAUAUCACGGACAACCCAUUGUUGACUUUGAUCGAGCACAAUAAUACUUAUGGCGGAAAAGUUGUUUUCACUUGUAUGUGGGGAUAUAAGCUCUCUGGGUCGCAGAGUAUAAGAUGCGAAGGAAAUGGCAGAUGGAAUGGAUCUAUACCAAUUUGUCUCGAAAUCACUUGUCCAAUACCGGAAGCGCCACGAAGCGGGCGCAUCAUCGAGCAAAUGCGAUACUCUAACAAGAAGCAGUAUCGCGCCCAAAUAUAUAAAGUUGGCGCCCUAUUGAGAUUCGCUUGUCUACCAGGUCAUCAACUGAUAGGAGAAGCGUCCAUCAUAUGCACCGAAAACGGCACCUGGUCUCACCGUCCACCCGUAUGUAAAGUAAGGUGUCCUUAUCCUGGUGAUCCUCCUCAUGGUCGAAUCGCGCCUCUUAAGUUUUGGUAUAAACCAGGAGACAACAUACAGGUAACAUGUUCGCCUGGCUAUGUGACUCCCCUGGAACCAGUGAAGAAACCAUCGUGUCGGGAAAACGGCAUUUGGAGUGCACCACCGCCUCCCUGUCGAUCUUACAAAGAAGUGUGAACGUGAAAAAAGAUUGCCGAGUCCUCUUAUGAGUUUUACGGUCUAUCGUGUUAUUUUAUCUUUCAACGAGGAAGCAUAUCUGAUAUUCAUUACGAGUAGCUGAAUAAGAGAAACGAGGAGACUCGCGUGAAACAUUCGCUUUGUUUCGAAUGAUAGACAUGCUAUGUAAAAUUAAUGAUCUUAUCAGAUGAUGAAUAUAGCUGCAGUCAUAUGAACCGACAAAUAAUCACGAAUAGAUCACUGGAAGGAAGCAUCUUGCGUUAAACGUAGGCCACGAAACGACCAGUAUUUUAUUUAUAAUUCUCUUCCAGAUAUACAACGAUUUUAAUAAAAAUAAAUCCCUUUUUAAUAAUACACUCUUAAUAAAUAUUUUUUCACAA